AUGAAGGAUUCUGAACCAUCGAUUGGUUUCUCAAGUACAAUUCCCCUAUCUGAUGCAUUUGUUUACUAUUUCAUUGUAAUUGUUGGUGGAUACUUCAAACAUGGUGUUUCCCUCAGAGAUGUGUUAGAACGACAAGCUUGGCCUUUGAAUGGACUGAAAAACAAGAAUGUAAUUGAAGGAACUCAUACAUUCCCCUCUUCGAUCGUCGUCACCACUUAUCAGCUAGUCAUCGCCGGUCAUCAGGCAUCAGCUUGGUUUUGUGAAAGUAAGGACAACUUGAGCAGGUUAAAGGCUUAA